AUGUUUAUGUUAAGAAAUGUCGGCAAAUUGAUCUUUGGUGAUACAUCAAAAGAAUCCUUGAUCGAGCUCCCCCAAGGGCAACUUUAUCUCGUUCGACCUCUAUCUCCCAAAGGAUAUUCUGAACUCAUAUUUCGCGACGCAGCAGCGAAGAUUAGAAGAACGGGUCAGGAAUUUCAAUAUCAACUUGUGAUUCAAAGAGCCUACGAAGAAGGCGAAGAGGAAUUACUGGACGACGAGGCUGCGGAGGACGAAGACGGCACAGCAGCUUUGAGCGGCGACCGCGACGAAAAAACAUUCCUUCUAGACGAAAGUUUACAUUUUCGAUCGGAGAUUCGCGAAGGCGGUGAAAAGGUUCUUGCGUGGAGAGAUCUGAGCGGUGACGCCGGUGACUUAUACGAAUUUGUUUGCGACGUUUCGAUAGAGAAUAGUCAGGUUCAAUCAUUUGAACUUACAGCUGUGCAUUGUCAAUUUGAGAGGAAGUUUAGGAGAAAUUAUUUGACAGCUACUGAAUCGGAGUUGAGUCAAUUUGCUUUCGAGGAGGAAGAACCAAUUCCGCAUGCUAGUCCGCCCAUAAGCCCUACAACUUUGAGUCCUGUGCAAUCAUUUCCGGCUAUCGAUCAGACGUUUUCUAGAAGUACGGCAAAUUCUGCGUUAAAGACAGACAUGAGUCCUGUUACGAGAGGGUCAAGGGCGCCGGCCAGGAGUCCAUCCCCAGUUGAUGAGGGUCCAACGAAAGCGCCGGCUGUUGCUUCACACCCUGAGGCUAUUUCUGUUUUGGCAGAGGAGACGGCAGAAUUACAUCUAUUCGACUUUGUUUCUGGAUCCGUUAUCAAGCAGGAUGAUGAAGUUAAGGCGACUGUCACCGAAGUUGGGAAAUGGAAAUAUUGGCUACAAAUCACCGGCAAGGACAGAGACUGGUUGGGUCAAGCUGUUAUUGCGGAUAUCAAUCCUGUCUUUAACUUUGAAUAUUCCUCGUUUAUCUUCAAUGCUUACACAGCUGAUCAUCAAGCAUAUUCAUGGCUUCUUCGAUUCAAGGAUCAAGAGACAAUUACAAGAUUCCAGGAAGGAUUGAUGCAAGCGUUAUGGGAACAGUUGAAUGAGAUUAAGUGGAACAAGAGUAAGGAAGAUGAGAGAGAUUAUGUUCUUGAGGCAUUCCAGGAUCUCACCAUGGAGGAUGCUCCGGAUUUUGUUGAGGGUGAAGAAGAAGAAGAGGAACAGGAGGAGGAAGUGGAGGAUCAAGAUGAUGGACAAAGAAGCGAACACUACGACUCUGAUGAGGAAGAAGAUGAUGUGGUUACUCGGGACGAUGAUGGAAAUGUCAACUCACAACUUGCGGUUGGAUACAAGCAUGAUCGAUCAUUUGUUGUUAGAGGAUCCAAAAUUGGUGUCUUCAAACAUACACCCAACAACAAUCUGGAGUUUUCGACCAACAUUUCGAAAGUUCAAACGCCAAAUGGCAAACUAUUCAGCCCAAAAAAAGUUAUGCUUCAUGCUGAGGAUACAAAUAUGAUUCUUCAAGAUGAGCGUAAUCCAAAUUCACUCUACAAAAUGGAUUUGGAAUAUGGAAAGAUUGUCGACGAAUGGAAAGUCCAUGAUGAUAUCCCUGUCAACACUUUUGCGCCAGAAAGCAAAUUUGCUCAGAUGACAGGAGAGCAAACCUUCCUUGGUCUUUCACGAAAUGCUCUUUACCGUAUCGAUCCUCGUCUUGCGGGAAAUAAACUUGUCGAUUCCGAACUCAAACAGUAUGUUUCGAAGAACGAUUUCUCGGCUGCGGCAACAACCGAAAAGGGGUACAUCGCAGUCGCUAGUAACAAGGGUGACAUUCGUAUGUUUGAUCGUCUUGGCAUUAACGCUAAGACUCAUAUCCCAGCUCUUGGUGAACCUAUCAUUGGUCUCGAUGUUAGUGCUGAUGGUCGUUGGGUUUUGGCUACUUGUCGCACUUAUCUUCUUCUCAUUGAUGCUCUCCAAAAAGAUGGUAAAAAUGAAGGCAAGCUUGGGUUUGAAAAAUCAUUCGGUAAAGAUUCUAAGCCUCAACCUCGUCGUCUUGGUCUCACUCCAGCUCACGUUGCUCAAUUUCAACACGAGACUGGUGCUGCUCUUUCAUUUACACCAGCUCGCUUCAAUACUGGUGAAGGUCUUUCCGAAACAUCUAUCAUUACAGCUACUGGUCCUUUCAUCGUAACCUGGAAUAUGAAGAAGAUCUUGAGGGGUAGCAAGGACCCUUAUAGUAUCAAACGUUACGCUGAAGAAGUCAAGGCGGAUAAUUUCAAAUAUGGUAGUGAUAAGAAUGUUAUUGUGGCAUUACCAAAUGAAGUUAACAUGGUAGCAAAACAAAGCUUCAAGAAGCCAACAAGAGAAAGUAUUGCAACGCCAGUUAGAGUUGGAUGGAGUAAUGGGAGAAGAGAGAGUGCUAGGAUUGGUGGAAGAGAUAGUGGAAGAUAUAAGUUGGGGAGAGAAGAUGUGGUUAAUAGUCCUUAUUAA